AUGCAGCCGGGAGGGGACUACACGGUGCCCUACUACCUGGCCCAGCACGCGCCAACCCCGCCGCCCCAUCCCGGAGAAUUCGCCGCCGGCGCGAUGACCCAGAGUUUCGCCUCGGCGCCGCCGUAUUCCGCCGCUGAUUUUCAAUCCCCUUUCUCGACGUCCUACAAUCCUUAUUCCUCGAAUCCUGAACCCGUCCCCAACAACCUGCCGCCGGUAGCGCCGUCUUAUUCCCAGGCGCAGCCCCAGACGCCAACACAUCCCCAGAUUUCUCCGUUCCAGACAUACAAUUCGUCUGGGUACAUGCCGCCGCCGGCGGAACAGCAUCCCCCUGCAGUCCCUACGUAUCAGCAAAUCCAGCAGCCUCCCCCUGUGCCUUCCGUCCCCUAUUACACAUAUGACCACCACCACCAGCAGCCUCUGGCCCCCAAUUAUGCCGUUUCUCCUCCGCCCCCUUCUCAGAACCCCACCCCGUACCAUUCCUACGAUAACCCGUAUGAGAACCCUCCAGCAUCCAGAUUCGAUCAUAGCAAUAGUGGAUUCUUCGCCGAAAAUUCCGCUGGGUAUAAUUCGAACCCCGAUGUCAUGUAUGGUCGGAGUCAUAGUAGUUUUGAACGCGAUUCCUACGAAAAGAAAGCCGAUAAUGCCCCACGUUACGACCGCAAUAGGCCCUACGAUGACGUUCUUGGAGAGGGCGUGUAUCCUUAUGACGGGGGUAGGUCGGAACCGUAUGGCGCUAGGGGAACUGCGCCUGCUAGGUCCUCAUCUUCUUCUUCACGGGUUCUCUUUGAUGAUUAUGGGCGGUCCGUGGGAUUUUCGUCGACCGGGAAGGAACAGGUAAAGGUUGUUAAGGCAGUCCCUAAGGUUGAGUCUCAGCAGGAUGUCAAAAAUGGGGUGCAGAAGUUCCGUGUGAAGCUAUUGCCCGAGGGAUCGGGCCAGAGUUCCAUGGAUGUCCUUUGCCAGGUUUGUUAGUGCUACUUUCAGCUUUAUUUCUUUUUGAUAAUGAAACUUUUGUCAGUUGGGUUAUUGCCCCAUUGCUUUGGAUUGCUGAAGGAGCAUAUCAUUUUUGUUCCGUGACUCAUCCAAUGAUUUUCAGUUUUAUACUGAGCCCUGAGAUUCGAGUGCCCUUUGUGUGUAUAGAAACCCUCUGUGUUAGCAGAAUUCCAACUUUAAAGCCUGUUCUGAGAUAUCCUCCUUAUCAACUGUCUUCGUGUUUGAUUUUGUCUCAACGGUCAUUGACAAAUGGUUUUUGAAGCUUGAUUAAAUGCACUGUCAUUGACAAUGGAAUUGGGUAUUGAAUUCCGUUUUCCUGGGAUAGGCUAAUGUUAUUUCCAAUGACGCAACAUGUUUUCAUAUGAAAAAACUUGGAAAGCUUCGCUUAGAUGUGCUGGGUUUAUAUCACUAUGGUAGAAGUGCUACACCUCUAGGAAUGUAUGAAAACAAGCAAUUCCGGACAUCUUUUAAUUUUUUUUCCACGUUUUAAUUGAUUAAACGAAAUACGAGCAAGCCUGAUGACUGUAGCGUUCAGUUGAUUAGCUUGAACUUUUAAAACAUAACAUGGUAAAUCAAUGGGAAGCACUAUAUUCACUUUAUAGCUGAAAACAUCUCCUGGAUAAUUGUGACUAAUAGACAGAAGCUUCCUGUCCUAUGACAGAUCUUAGCCGUUUAGUUUGAAGCUCUUGAAUUUCCACAUCUAUUAUUAAACAAAUACCCCAAAAGAGUGUCAUCAUUCCUGCACUAGACAAGUUAUUUGCCAUUCUAUUGUGCAAUAUGCGAAUAUCAGUUCCUGUAGACGUGGGAAAUGUGAAUGAGAGCGUGUUUGAAUGGAUACUUUAAUAUAGGCACGCUUACUUGGCAGCUUACAAUUCUUAUUCAUCAAUCUUGGGUCAGCAAAUCGGUCAGAGGAUCUGGGGCUUCAAGUAUCUUCUUAUGAAAUAUGUUAUUUUCGGACAACCACGUUAACUACAUCCUCGUCGAUUUAGUAUGGGAAGAAUGUUGCAUUAAUUCCUUCAUCGAAUUAUCUUAUGCUAAUGGAUUGUCCAAUCCUUGGGGAACCUUUUGUUGUUCAUACUUUUAACAAAUACUCCAUCGAUAUGGUCCCUCAUCCCUUCUCUACUCGUAGCCUACCCGUCCUCUGCUCCAUUUUUUUCUCUUUUCGACCAAAUGAAUGUUGCUUAAUUUAUUUAUUUCAAAAUUUUGGAAUGAACGAACUCUCACUGCCAUACGAGCUAAACAUUAAAUUAAUGCAUGUAAUUCAUUUGAAAGCAGGUAUUGAGACUCAUUUUUAAAUAAUUUCUUGAAAACACAAGGUGAACAAAUAAUGUUAUGAUGUAGUGCUGUAGUGAUAUUAGUCAUGGAUUUUGGUGCGAUUAUUCUUUAGGGAUCAAGGUUGAGUAAUGUCCAGACACACAUAACUCUAUCACUCCAAUAUAGGUUGCAUACGGUUUGGUCUGGAAAGUGUUGUUCAGUCAACAAAUUAUAUAAAAUAUGUCAUGUUCCUUCAGAAGUUGCAUGAAAAGGGAUUCGCUCCAGUGGUGUGUGGAUUUCUGUGAUAAUUGUUAUUUUUUUGGUUAAAUAAUGCUACUGAGGCUGGUCCAUUUGUUUCAAGGAAUCAUGAGUGUAUUCUAUCCUUCAUUAUGAAGUGAUGUAGCCGGAAUUGGAUCUCAGUAGAGAAUAAAAAACUGAGUUUUGUCAUGCCUUCAAAAGGAAUCUUGCAGAAGUAAUUUUAUGCUAAUUUCCUGGUUUUUGGGCAUUAAUGCAGGAAACGUGAUAAACACUAGCCUGUUGUAGCAGCCUUUUCUUUAAAUUCGCAUUCUUCAAUUCUGUUUGGAACAUGGCUUCUUUUAUUGAAUUAAAUUCCCUGAUUGCCUUUACUUUCUUUUUAUCGUCUUGGCGUAAUGUUAUUUUAUCUUCUACCUGAACUCCUCGCAUUCAAGCUGAAAAACUUGCAUAAUUUUCCAUGAUUGAUAUUCCCUGAUGAAAGAAAGAAAAAAAUAAUCCUUCAUCAUAUGCUUACGUGCUCGGAUAUGUGAAUAGAUCUAAACUCCAUGAGACCCUUGUAUCUGUGCAUAAUUUAGUUUUGUCUUCUUUUUUUCUUCUUCAGAUUGGUUUGGAUGGAAUUCGUAUGCUUGAUCCAAAUUCCAAUAGGACCUUGAGAAUCUAUCCUCUUGAGACGGUGACAAGAUCUGAAGUAAGUAUUUUAACAUUCGUAAUUUGCUUUAAGUUGCAUAUGCUUCAUAGGCGUGGCGCAUAUUGGCUUCUCUUUUCCAUGUAGGUGGCAGAUUCCUCUACUUUUGCCUUUUGGUCAAAAAGUUCGGUGGACUUUGAACCAAGACGCAUUAGGCUGCAAUCUAACAGCUACACUACCAAUACCCUUCUUGAUACUGUUACUGCUGCAACAAUUCAAGUAAGUUUGUUAAGUCUUGACUGUUUUUAAGAAUAGGGUAAACAUAGUUUUUUCAUUUUCCUCUGAUAUCAAUAUUAUUGAAAUAGCAUGAUUGAUAUGUUAAAGCAUCAGCGGUAUUCUUUGCAACUUACGAAGUUUUUCUGUAUUUCAGUUUAAGGAAAUGGGUGGUAAGGAUGGAGUCAGUAGAAGCAUAGCAGCUUCUGAUGCUGCAAAACAAUCUGAACAAGCAGCUGAAAAGAAGAAGGGUUUUGUUGAUUGGAUCAACAUAAUAAAGCCAGUUAAUGAGGAGAAAGAACAUUGGGUAAGUUUUCUGAACCUCCUCUAGCUGAAAAUUUUUCUUAUUUGCUCAUGCAGAAAUGUAAAACCUUUUUUUCCUCAAUUUGCGCGCUUCAUACCAUCUGUUAUUUCAAUGUGUUUCCAUGAAGUGGGGAAAAACUGAGCUCGUGGGGUUGUUUUAAAACUGGUUUCUACAUUUUUGCCACAGUAACUUCCUAGCUGGAUUGUGAGAUAAUGAAUUUGUUGAUUGAUUUUCAUGUAGAUAUCUUCUGUAAAUGUCAACGUUUCUGUUUGCUGCAAUCAUUGUGUCAAUUCUAAUAUUAGUGCACGUGGCUGCUAACAAUGAAACAAAUGCGUAGUAAAAUAAAGGUCUCAAUGUAUUUCUUGAAAUAUGCAAAUUAAAAUUCAAGAGCGCGCCCUUGCUUCGAAACCCAAUGCCUUGACCUGUAACCAUGUAACAGUUGGUGGAAUCAGGAUCCUAUAUUGGUAUUGCUGAAUCAUGGUUUUCAAAGAAUCAAUUUGGUGGCAAGGUGGCCCGAACAUCCGAGGGCAGUGCAAAUAAACAAUCUGCCAGGCAAUGCUCUUGUCCAGGCCACCUGUUUAGUUUCAUGGCUGCCUCAGUGUUAACAAGUUCUAUCAAUCCCAAUAGAUGGUGUUUGGUUAUGAAUGAGUUGGUCACUGCUGUGGUUGUUGCUCUGGAUGCUAUCUACAGAACCCAUAACAACUCGCCUUGCUACGGCCACUGGUGAUGGCAAUGUGCGGUUUCAACAGUCAAUGGAGCUGCCGACCACUGUAGCUCGUGCUUUGUUCACUAUUAACGCAGCAGGAGCAGCAACAGCUGCUUUUCCUGAUGCCUUAUCCUGAAAGAAGGAAAAAUAUACAUCAUUUUAAAGUUCAUUUUAUUUCUGAAGGCGUUUCUUCUCUUGAUAUAUUACCAUGAAAUUGUGAAAAAUAGACGUCACAUGUGAGUUAAUAUUUAUUUUUCUAUCCUUAGAGUUUAAGGAUGAUUUCAAUUAUCUCACAAGUCCUGUUGGUGUUGGCAUCAUCUGUCACAAGUACUAAAAAGACGUGGUGUCCCCAGUUCCUGUUUGGGCAUAUCGGAUUGUUCCAAGCUUGACGAUUGUUUUAACUUAAGUGUAUCAUGAACUAGUCUGUAAAUAUUAUUUCUUCAUUCCAUUUUAUAGCUGAGCUUGUUUAAUGCUAACAAUCAUCUGAUGCUUCUUUUUGUCCCAAUAUUUUCCUCUGUUCAGGUACCAGAUGAAGCAGUUACAAAGUGCACAUCUUGUGGAACGGAUUUUGGAGCUUUUGUGCGCAGGGUGAAUUUUUACUCUAGUGAACUUACAUUAUUUGUUGAUAGAUUAAUAAUAGCUUGAUUACAUAAAAAGUAAUAAGUUAUAAAUGGAAUUUCCAUGGACCAUGAAUUCAAACAGUCAACAAGGAUCUUUGGAAGGUAGCGUCAUGUUAUCUCCGUCAUAUGUUUGUGGAUCAUAGAAUCAUUUCCCAUGGAAGCACCAAGUUGCUGAUUGUCAUGUUGUCAAGAUUUUGAUGUGCAUUUCUCAGCAAAAGAUUAUUUUUACGUUUUUUAUUGUUCUAAUGUUCUCUGUUGGUGGUAUUAUAAAUAUAUGGUUGCAUGUAUCCGUGAUUUACAUUCACUGACUGUUAUUUUUCUCAUUUUCAGCAUCACUGCAGAAAUUGUGGCGAUAUUUUCUGUGAUAAGUGCACAAGUGGUAGGAUUGCUUUAACCUCUGAUGAACAAGCUCAGCCUGUCCGAGUUUGUGACAGAUGCUUGGUAUGUCCUUUGCUUCAUUUCCUUUGCCACUUGCGUUUCAUUUAUCUUAGAUCUUACUAAUGUAUGAUCUGAAGAAGUUAUUGAUUGUAUAAACCUAUAUAGCGCCUUCCUUCUUUCUUUCUUUCUUUUUUUUUUUUUUUUUUUUUUUGCUUUUGAAUGCUCAUCUCUACAACUUGUCGUUAAAGUAUAUUUUUAUCAUUUACACGAGCGACGACUUUUUAUGUCUACUGUUGAAAAUAAUCUUAUGGCUAGUUUUCUGAUUUAUCUUGGAUAGAUUACAAACCCAACCAUACGGUAUUUACAGGCGCGAUUAUUGCAUGAUUCUUGCCAUAGCCAUUACCGUAAUUACAUGGUAAAGUGGAAAACUGAAGAAAGAAAGUGACCUCAUAAGACCAGAUGCUGACCACAUCUAAAUAUUUUUUAAUGCCGAGAUUCAACAUCAAAGAGAAGAGACAAUUCAAAGUUGAAAAAGUUCGAUAGCACUUACUAUAGCGUAGCAUUUCAUAGCAGUGUUUCCUUAAUCUUGCAAUAAUCUGGUGUGAUUGAAAUGUCGUGAUUUUCAAAAGAAGUUGAGAUUUUAGUUAUUACAACGCUCUGUACAAUUUCUCUUCAGAAAUCUUCAGCAACCUUUGAUAUGUACUUUCCAACUUUCAGGAUAUCAUGUCUAAAUAUAUUCACUUAGGCGGCGUGCUGAGACUAAACAUACCUUUUCUUGAAGGUUUUUGUUUUGCAAUAUAAUUUUAGUUUGGUGGUUGAUGAGUUUUCGAUUUGACAGGCAGAAGUCACCCAAAGAUUGAGUAAUGCAAAGGAAGUGGUGAGUCGAUCGGCCAUGCCCCAAAGUCAUGAGGAUCUUGCUCGGAAGCUGCAGGUAUAUCCACAUGCCAAAUAUUUCCCUUCUUCUUGGAAAAGGAACUCGCCUUUCCUUGAGAAUUGACGCAUAUAUAUAGCCUUUGCCCAUUAAACCAUGAAGAAGAAUCUUCUCCUGAAGUUAAGAAAGUCAACUCCAGAGCGACAUUUUUCUCACCAUCGUAGUUGUUUAUAGGAGGAACUGUCUGUGACUCCAUGAGCAAACCAGCAGUAAAUCUGCAGGAAUCAAUAAAAAUACACCAUUUAAUGUUCGUCGCUGUAACUAUUCCCAUCAAGUCAACAGCGCUGUCCUUAUCCAGGCAACCUGAGGGUCCAAACUGUUGAUUAGGCCUACAAACAGAUGCACUGCUCAAAGAAUUCCAGCUAGAGAACCUGAAGCAUUUUCUUCUCCUCUCUCUCUCUCUCUCUCUCUUUCUCUCUCUCUCUCUCUAGACCCCUCGCUGACUGCUGUAGUUGAUAUUGACCACUCUUUAUUUCUCCCUGUGCAGGAAGAAAUGGAGAAAAAUCGGAAGGGAUCGACUGGGGGUAAUCUUCAACCAACUUUCUUUCUAACUCCUGCAACACUGGGGGCGUACCCGUGACUAAUCUCCCUGUUCUCACAUCGCCCCCUUCCACAGGCUCAAAAACCUCCGAUACGUCGGGAAGGCGGAUGCGGGAAGUCGCCUGCCCCACAUGCACCGUCCAUCUGCAGGUUCCUGCCUCUCGUCCUCUCAUUAAACUGGCUCCGCCGCCCUCUUCUCCGCCGCCCACUGCGCCGUUAAACUAGAUUUCUUUGGAUUCCACAGGUUCAAGUCCCCAGUUCUGGCUCUGCGACGGUCGAGUGUGGGGUCUGCCAGAACCCUUUUCUCGUGAACGCCAGCUGA